UGCAUUCUGUCGCAGACGCACCCCGAGCGCGCUCACCACGCUCAUUUCGACUCUCCCCGAAACGACUCGCGAUAUUUUCCCGCCAAAUAAUUCGCGCGCUUCCUUUUGAAUUUUUAUUCAUUUUCCAUAUAAUUUUUUAAAAGUUUUUAAACGUGAAAACUUUAAUUUUGUGAUGCGCUGUUUCUUUGUGUUCUUGGUUUUGUUCUUUGUGUUCUUACCGGAGUCCAGUGAGGCGAUUCGAUGGCUAGCUCUAUAUCAAAGCGAGGGUAAUUGGACAGAGAGUGAUUGCGGUGAAGCUCGUCGCAGCAGCGCGCUAUGGAGCGGUCAGGCGCGCGCUUGUCGACGGCAGCCGUCUGCCAUGCCACACGUAGCAGCCGCCGCCAGGCUCUCCCGCUCAGCCUGUCUCGCCGCGCACAAUGGGGAUCGAUGGAAUUGUUCCUCCAUCGAGCUAGCACCCAAGUUCAGCCCGGAUUUACUUACAGGUACUCGCGAGCAAGCGUACGUGUACGCGAUGUCAGCGGCGGCGCUGGCGUGGUCGAUCGCACGUGCGUGCGCCGCGGGCUCGUUGGCUGCAUGCUCUUGCGCAGCCCCCCCGCGCGCGCCUCCCCGGCCUCCACGACAGGCGCAAGUGACUCCCGCUGAACCACAUGCCAGGUUCAAAUGGGGCGGCUGCGGUGAUAAUUACCAGUGGGCUGAGAGGUUCGCAAAACAAUUCCUCGACACACAUGAAAUAGACGUACGCGAUGGGAAGAUAGAGAACCUAUUUGAAGAAUUCGAAACAACGAGCACUGAGCCUACGACGACUUCCACCGUGGAACCCACUACUGCCGCUCCUGUGGUGAUAUUAGUCGAUGAUCAACCCGCACCAGCCAAUACCAGCGUAGCUCCCAAAAAAGCAAGAAAAGGACGCAAAGGGAGGAAGAGACUGCCAAGGUCGCCUCGACGAGGCAGACCUACGAGAAAAAGGUUCAGAUCAAGAUACGAAUAUGAAGACAGAGGAUCUCGCUAUCGCAACAUUGAGUAUCGCAUGGCUGCAGACGACCCACGCUUCGACCCGCAAGUGGACUUACGAACGCGACUUGAACAACUACGUUCCCUUAUCGCUUCUGCCAAUUUGAUCAAUUACCGUUUUGGAAGAAAGCUGGUAUCAGCAGGGAUGCGUACGAAAUGCACAUGUCACGGAGUAUCAGGUUCCUGUUCAGUCAGAACCUGCUGGCGUUCUCUACCUCCGAUAGCUCGCGUGGCUGCGGCAUUGGCCGUGGAAACAUCGCGAGCAGGGCCAUUAAGACCUAGGCGACAAGCACGAAGAGCCAAACCCAAGCUGAGAUAUGUGACACCAAGUCCAGAUUAUUGCGAACCUGAUCCGGCAGCUGGGUCACUUGGCACCCAUGGAAGAAAAUGCAACGCCAGUCUCGGCAAUGCAAUCGGGGGAUGCGGACGACUGUGCUGCGGUCGUGGCCGUCGCCUGAUCCGGUCGAGCAAGCUUGAGCGCUGCCAUUGCCGCUAUCACUGGUGCUGCCGCGUCGACUGCCAGCUUUGUCGACUUACCACUGAUGAACAUUACUGUAACUGAACUUAGUUAUUUUUUAUUUUCCUGGACUCAGAUUGAUUGUGUAUUUUCCGCACUUGGUAUGUAAAUUUUUUUAUGAUCUAAUGUGUCUCAGCUGUAAUGAACUGAAAUACCAUAGCAUACUUAAAAUAACAAAUACAGUGAAUAUUAUUUCCCUGUGAA